GUAGACAGUAUACUUUCGCUGCGCAUGCGUACCGAGGCUUACCAACACACACCAACAAACAUCUAGAGCGUGGGAGACGCACAUACAGACGCAAGAGACACAUACCAUCACUGAUGUGUUACACCAUCACCUACACACCAACGUCACACACUGUAACUACCUUCCUGCACACCACCUUUCUCCUCACAUCAUCACAAUGCCUUAGUUCCCCAAGCAAUGGACCAUCGAUCACGCUGCCAAUCUUAUCGACCCAGACAACCCGUCAGCCCAGACUGGCAACAACAACAACAACGAUCGAGACGAAACCGAGCACACACAGUCUGUCUCAUUGUCGACGACACACACAGUGAUGCCAUCCGCUUCAGACGCUCCAGAUCGAACUCAUCCAGCGAUCAAUCUCUUGGUGAAGUGCAACUCGAUGUGUUCGGAUCGCAAGACCAGGACAGUGUGUUUGACUUGCACAGCAGCAUGGGCAGCUCCAACAGCAGUGCCUACAUGUCGGGUGCACGCCGGGCCAGUUCUCCUCCAUUCAUUUCCGUUGUCCAGCUCUCCACACGUCUCUCACCCUCAGCUCACAUUGCUGCGCGCUUCUCGCCGUCUCAUCCCGCAGGAAGGCUAUGCUACCGGCCACUGCAACUGCCGUCAUUGCCGAGAUACUCAGAGUUGAGCUCGACAUACGUGGAUGUAGACACCAUGUCCGCUCUGGAUCCGCGGGUUGCGCUCCGCGUCACACCUCCACCACCAUAUCAUGCUAGCGCUGAUCCGUCCGGAACGUUUCCGUUUCGGGGAGAAACUGAUUCUCAUCGGCAUCUGUCCAGGACAUUAAUGAUUGCCUUCUUGUUCGCAGCCUCGCUGCAAACAUUAACCGGUGCGAUAACAGCAUGUCUCGCACUCGCUUCGCUCGGCUUUAUGCCAGAAGCGACCGUCACCGAGCCAACUUUUUUCUCUUCAGGAUUUACGGUGCUGAUCGCAGGCAUUCAUGGAAUGAUCGGUUUCUUCUCAUUAAAAAAGAAGCCGCGGAUGUUGAAGCUCUGUCUGCAGACUCACUCUUCGCACUUGCCUGUCUCGUUCUCUGUAUCAUCAGCGCAAUGGAGGCCCAGCAAACAACCGACAACAUCACACACACCUACCAAUGCAUCAAAGAGACAACAACGCCAGCCACUCAAUCCUGCAUCUGCUUUUCACCCGACCGUCCAAAUUCUGCUCUAAGAGUACAAGCUAGUGAUGGCCGACCGUGCAGCGUCGCUGACGCCACUCUUAUGUCACUCAUCCACGCAAACAUAAUUGCCAACCUAUGCAGCUGUGUUCCCAGCAGUGUCAUCAUCCUGAUAUUCCUUCGAAUCGCAAUGAAGUUUUCUUUCUGCAGAAGACGCCAAGGAAGAAUUGACGUCGCCGCUGUUGUACACCUGACAAACACACGAUCACCCCUCUCGUCCCCCCUAGCCGUUCAACAAGACGCCGAGCUGCCAAGCUAUGAUGCAGCAUGUCAAGCACAUCGAUGCUUCUCACCCAGCCAGCCGAGUCUUCCCCACUACACGACAGCAUUCGAGCUGGAAGCCAUUCCAGAGGCGCCACCUUCAUAUCGCACUUCCACAAGCACCAGCUGCGGCUCAUAUCACUAACAAUAGACUGAAGUGCGUAGCUAUAGAUAUAGUAUACAGCUGCAUGCCAUAUCUUAGCGCAUCCGCUCACAUUUUGUGCUCGAUUCGAGAGCAUCUGAGUUUCAGGGCUAGGCGCGUUGACAUUAUCAGCAUUACAACGUUUGUAGCUGCACGAGGUGUUAGAAGUUUGAUGUCACUGCUUUGUUGUAGAUCCCAACCUGUAGAGAAAGCACGUCAGUAAAUUUUACUGCUGAGUCGA